AUGUGUCACACCAGCUGCUCCUCAGGCUGCCAGCCAUCCUGCUGUGUGUCCAGCCCUUGCCAGCCAUCCUGCUGUGUAGCCAGUCCCUGCCAGCCAUCCUGCUGCAGACCUGCUAUAUGCAUUCCUGUGCGAUACCAGGUGGCUUACUGUGUGCCUGCGAGCUGUAGGCCCACGGUGUGCAUGGCUCCCUCCUGCCAGUCCUCUGUGUGUGUGCCCGUGAGCUGCCGGCCAGUCUGUGUGACCUCCACGUGCCAGUCAUCUGGGUGCUGCCAGCCCUCCUGCCCCACCCUGGUCUGCAGACCUGUCACCUGUAGCAACCCCUCCUGCUGCUGA